AUGAAUAAUAAGCUAACACUAUACGAAGAAGAGAACAAUACUAUCUCUGACCUUUUUGAUCUUGAUGAUUAUGCAUUCUCUCAAACUCAUCGAUACAAUUCCUAUGACAAUACAAACUAGAAAAUUUAGAAAUUUUAAAUAUUCAACCCACAACAUUAGGCUACUCUAGGCUUCAUUAAAUUGGAUGGCAAAAUUACCUAAGACAUUCCUCCAUAAAUAAGCGAUAAACCCAUAAAAAAAUAGAAAUAGACUUCAAAAAAUGCUCCUAUAUGCCAUCUAUGCUCUAAAUCAUUCGAAUCACACAAAGCACUUGGAGGACAUUUAUCAAGAGCUCAUCCAAAUUAAUCAGAAAAAUUCAAAACAAGAAUUGCAAAAGCAGAUGGACGUAAACAUGAACUUUUACGGACUAGAUAACUCUAAGCAAUAGCACUUAGUGACUUAAAACUUUUAUGAUAUUAAUUUUCAGUUAAUUUUAAAUAAAAAACUUAAAUUU